AUGGACAGAACCUUGGAAUCUCUAAGGCACAUCAUUGCCCAAACCUUGCCUCACAGAGACCCGGCUUUGGUCUUCAAAGACUUGAAUGUUGUGUCAAUAUUACAGGAAUUUUGGGAAAGUAAGCAGCAGCAGAGAGCCACAUUUUCCAGUGAAGGCCUGGUGGUCUAUGAGUCAAUGCCCUCCUCCGGGCCUCCCUUUGUGAGCUACGUGACUCUCCCUGGAGGGAGCUGCUUUGGCAACUUUCAGUGCUGCUUAAGUAGAGCAGAGGCCAGGCGGGAUGCAGCUAAAGUGGCGCUCAUCAACUCUCUCUUCAACGAGCUGCCCUCCCGAAGGAUCACCAAAGAGUUCAUCAUGGAGAGUGUUCAGGAAGCAGUAGCCUCCACCAGUGGCACUUUAGAUGAUGCGGAUGAUCCCAGCACAAGUGUCGGAGCCUAUCACUACAUGUUGGAAUCAAACAUGGGGAAGACUAUGCUGGAGUUUCAGGAACUGAUGACCAUUUUCCAACUAUUGCAUUGGAAUGGAAGCCUGAAAGCCCUCCGUGAAACAAAGUGCUCUCGACAGGAAGUUAUCUCCUAUUAUUCCCAAUAUUCUUUAGACGAAAAGAUGCGCAGCCACAUGGCCCUGGACUGGAUCAUGAAGGAGCGUGAGUCACCAGGAAUUCUCUCUCAAGAGCUACGUGCAGCCCUGGGGCAGCUGGAGGAAGCAAGGAAGGCAGGACAAGAACUACGGUUUUACAAAGAAAAGAAAGAAAUCCUGAGUUUGGCCUUGACUCAGAUCUAUAGUGACCCUGACCCUUCCUCACCCAGUGAUGACCAGCUGAGCCUCACGGCUCUGUGUGGCUAUCAUUAGCAAGACCAGGUCUCAGGUUCCUGAGGACUUUCAUAUCAGGAAUCUCAUUGAUAGAGGUUGUCAGAUACUUUAGCAUGAUAGUCACUACCUGACGGAUGUAUUGCUCCCUACUCAUUCUGUUCACAGAAUGGGGAAGUAGGACUGGUCCAGACCCCAACUUCCUACUUCAUGUUUGUUUUCAA